CCUCAGCUCUGCUGCGAAAGGGCGGGGGUGGAGAGCCUCCAGCCUUCGGGAAAUACCCUGAAUAACCCGAGGCUGGUAGGGACUGAGGCAGCACGGGUGGGAGGAGGAAGGCCAGGACUGGCCGUGGGGUCUUGAAGAAUCCAGGCGGGGGCGUGCUUGGAGAUGGGGGGAAGAGUAAGUAAAAGAAUCUAACAUUUUCGGAAGGCAAAUCAUGCCCCAGGCACACAUGCUAGGCAUCCUCAUAACCCUGUGAAAUCAGCAUUUUUCCCUCACUCCACUUUGCAGAUGAAAAACCUGACGCUCAGAAAGGUAAAAAAAAAAAAAAAAAAAAAACGUACUCAAGCUCACACAGGUAGCAUGCAAAUGAUGAUAUUCCGAAACACCUUCUUUCCAAUGGCAGUAUAAAGAAAAAAUAUUUUUAGGGUGUGAAAUGGGAAAGUUACCUAAAGAGAGCCCACAGACCCUAAUCCCCACGCCCUCUUGGCCCCUCACUCCGCCCCUUCCUUCCUGUCCCACUACUUUAACUUCUCUCCCCAGUGGCUACACCUCAGAAACCUGUGUAGCCAGAGAUGGGGACCGAACCCACAGAGCAGGUCUCCUGGGGACCCUACUCUGGGGACGAUGAGGAAGCAUACUCGGCAGAACCACUACCAGAGCUCUGCUACAAGGCGGAUGUUCAGGCCUUCAGUCGGGCCUUCCAGCCCACUGUCUCUUUGACAGUUGCUGCACUGGGUCUGGCUGGCAAUGGCCUGGUCCUGGCAACCCACCUGGCAGCCCGACGUGCUGCCCACUCGCCCACCUCCGCCCACCUGCUCCAGCUGGCCCUGGCUGACUUUCUGCUGGCCGUGACCUUGCCCUUUGCCGCAGCCGGGGCUCUGCAGGGCUGGAGUCUAGGAAGUGUCACCUGCCGCGCCAUCUCGGGCCUUUACUCCGCCUCCUUCCACGCCGGCUUCCUAUUCCUGGCUUGUAUCAGCGCCGACCGGUACGUGGCCAUCGCGCGGGCCCUCCCAGCUGGACCGAGGCCCUCCACGCCUGGACGCGCACACUUGGUCUCAGCCAUCAUGUGGCUGCUGUCGCUGCUCCUGGCGCUGCCUGCUCUCCUUUUCAGCCAGGACGGUCAGCGGGAAGGCCAGCGACGCUGCCGUCUCAUCUUCCCUGAGGGCCUCACGCAAACGGUGAAGGGCGCGAGCGCCGUGGCGCAGGUGGUCCUGGGCUUCGCGCUGCCGCUGAGCGUCAUGGCGGCCUGCUACGCUCUCCUGGGCCGCACGCUGCUGGCCGCCAGGGGGCCUGAGCGUCGGCGCGCGCUGCGCGUAGUGGUGGCCCUGGUGGCGGCCUUCGUGUUGCUGCAGCUGCCUUACAGUCUCGCCCUGUUAUUGGAUACCGCCGACCUACUGGCUGCCCGAGAGCGGAGCUGCCCUGCCAGCAAGCGCAAGGAUCUGGCACUGCUGGUGACGGGGGGCUUGGCUCUCGCUCGCUGCGGUCUCAACCCCGUGCUCUAUGCCUUUCUGGGCCUGCGCUUCCGCCAGGACCUGCGGAGGCUGCUACGGAGUGGGGGCUGCAGCCCAGGACCUCAUCCCCGCAGCCGCUGCCCCCGCCGGCCCCGCCUUUCUUCCUGCUCGGCUCCUACUGAGACCCACAGUGUCUCCUUCUGGGACAACUAGGGCUGCGAUCAAGAGCAGGGGAGGGCUGAGGAAAUGAUUCCAGGGAGGGUUGUGGGAAAGGGGAGUAGGUGGGGGAACACUGAGGUAGGACCUAAAGGAAUUGCUUCUGUGCUUUGCCACAUUAAGUUGAUAACAUGGAAAUGAGAUGCAACCUAACAACUGUUACUAUUUUUGAGUCACUGACUUGGAAGUGAUUUGUGGCAGGCCAGAGCCGGUCGGUUCCCCGCCC